CCUGCGUGCGCAGUGUCUGUUCCAGCGAUGAUGCCUCAGAGAACACACUGUGAUUACCUACUCCUGUUGUGCCACACGUGAUUCUCAUUCUACUUCCAGCUGAUCAUGAUCCGUGAAGCACUGAAAAUAAAUAGAUCACGUGAUAUUCAGAACUACAAGCAACAGCAAAUCAUGCUAAAUAUGAAAGAUCCGAAUCGCAAUCGCAAAUAGAAGUAGUCACUUGCAAGUUAGUCACAUCAGUUGUGGAAUUCUAGGCCCGAGGAUUGAGGUUUCAAAAUCCGAGCAGGAGUCAUCCGGCCACUAAGAACAUCAAAAUGAAGACGAGCCCGCGGCGUCCUGCUUCCAUGCGCGCCGUUGCUCUUCUUGCCUCCAGCACCAUAUUGUUUCCAGCAGUCGCCUCUGCGUAUCAGUUCAACAGGAAACUGCAGGUCAGCACGAAAAUAAAAGCAGUACAACAGGGGACUGAUGCUGAUACCACUUCUGCUGGUCCACAGCAAACUACUACUAUCCUGUGCAAAAGUAUCGUACUCGUAUUGCAGUCAUGCAUUACAAAUCUUCUCCUUAAUCUAAAUCAGCAUUACAAAUUUUAUUUCUCAUGCUGAGGAAAUUUGUAUUUAUAGUUAUACGAGUGCGAUACUUUUGCAAUCCAUAACUACCCCACCAUUGCAGCAGCCGUACGAGAACCUGGAGAAAAAGAACCUGAUAGUUCCGGAUCCGGAAAGAUUAAACGCCCUCUCCCAGUCCUCCUCCCCGUCCACUUUCGAACAUACCCCGUUUCCCGCCUUGUUCGCCGUCGACACAACCACGAGUCGUGGGAGCAACUGCAGAGGCCAGCAAGAUCAUGUGGACGCAAAAAUACUCGUCCCGGGUGCCUUAUGCGGAGCGGUCGGUUUGGAAAAUGUAGUGGGCCAGCAUAUCAUUAAAAAUUCGGAAACCCGAUCACCCCCCGGCGAGUUGAAUGACGGCGGGCUUUCCGAAAUUGACAUCGACUUGAGCGACGAGGAGCCGCAAUUACCCGUCGGCCGGUCGGCAACGCUGCACCAUGGAGCUUCUUCAGCAGAAGUAGGGGAAAUAGAUCCGUUGUCCGUGCGCCGCGUCAGCUCCCUGCCGAUCAUGGCGCGGCAGACAAGCAGUGCCGCGGGGUAUGAUGCAGACGAAACCGCGGACGCAUUGGCGAGCUUCGCACUCGAGAUACUGGAGGGGGAUAAGGGCAAGAAAUCCACCACCUCCGCGGGAAAUGCAAACGGAGCGGCUUCUGAUGAGCCAGGAGCUGCUAGCGCAAGCGAGAACAAUGACGCGGAAAUGAACACGGAGCAAGCAGAUGCUCCGCCCAGGCGCUGCUCCUGUUUGUUCUCCAAGGCGGACUCCUGGUGGAAGGCGUGCUUCCGCUCGAAGUGAGGACAUUUUGAGAAUCUAUGAAGUUUGAUCAUGGGCAACCUAAUGAGUUUAGUUAGGAGAACCUGUUCAAUUUCAGCCCUAUCAUACAUUGUUUCCUGCCCGAUACGACCAAUCAAUGCACAUCGAGUUUGUUGUUGUAAGUAGAGAAAAACUUAAACUUCCUUUUUGAUAGGAUACACAUUCCCGCCACAUUCUGCGAAACGUUUCCAACUUUGAAUUUAUUGAAGUCAUCAACAGAGACUAAAGCGGCAGAAGCUCCGACCGCACGGCAGAACAACAGCCACACCGAGACGAUUUUUCGCCAUGAUGUGGGUUUUUUUCAAAGCCCAGC